AUGUUUGAAUCUAAAAAAUUCAAUCAUACACCAACAAAACUAAAACUACCUGGUGCUGGUAGUCACCACAGUAAUAGUGAUAGUAGAUACAGUAACAGCUAUAUCAGUAGAAGGAGAGAAAGGUCUGGUUGGGAUAUAAGUGAAAGUGAAAAACAAGACUUGAACAAAAACAAUAAGAAAAACAACAACAGCAAUAGCAAUAAUAGUAUUAGCAGCAGUACUAAAAGUAAUAAUAGAAAUAGUACAUCUAUAGUUAUUAGUAGUAAUAAUAAUAAUAGCAAAACAAACAACAGUAGAUACAGUACAUUCAGUAUUGGUGUAGAACUACCUAUUGAAGGUCAUAUCGUUGGUGAAAAAGAGAAAUCUGAAGAAGUACCAGAAAUCGAAAAUAAUCAUAAAGAAAAUAAACUCAAAGACAACAACAACAACAACAAAAACAGUCAAGAUAAAGAAAAAGAAGAUAAAGAAAUAGAAGAAAAAGAAAUAGAAGAUAAAGAAACAGAAGGAAAGGUUAAAAAAGAAGAAGAACAAGAAGAAGAAGAAGGAGAAAAAGAAGAAGGAUUACUAUCUGAGAGUGAUAACGAACAUAAUAAUAAUAGUGCUAUUGAGUUUCAUAGAGAAAGUGACGCUGACAAGAUUCAAGACAGUAAAAGUUUGAAUGAUAAGAAUCAAGAUAGCUACUUGGAUAACCAACAUCAGAAAGUUGAAGAACAAGAACAAGAGCAUACCAUUGAAAUCGACAAUAAUAUCGAAAGCUUCUCACUGAUGACCGACGAUAGUAUUGAAACAAUCGAGGAUCAGAAAGCACCAGUUUCAAAACGUUUGAAAUCGGAUCAUAUUGAAAGUAAUCACCGUGUAAAUAAUAAUAAUAAUAAUAACAAAAGUAAUGACGUAAUAAUGAAAGAUAAUAAUAGCAGUAAUAGUAAAAACGAUGAUAAUAAUAGUAGUAGUAGUAGUAGUAGUAAUAGUAGUAAUAAAUCAAGUUUAAAUAAGAAAAACAAUAUUGUUGAAGAUACAAAACAAUUGAUUGAGGAUAACUACGAUGAGAAUCUGGUGUCGACAUGCACAUUCUGUAAACAAAAGAUUAAACAAAUUCAAUGGAUUCAGCAUAUCAAGCGAUGUCUGAAUGUUGCUAUAGAACUGACACACGAUGCUUCACCAAAUGUUCAACCAAUCGAUAAUGAAAGUCGUAAGGUUUUACUCGAGUUUCAGAGUGAACUGAGUCAACUCAAACGAAAGUUAUCCGAUGUUUGUCAACCUAAUAAUAAUAAUAAUAAUAACAAGACUGCAUCAGCUAUAGUUAAUACAAGUUUACUCGCUAGUAGUGGAACAACUACGCCACCACUACCAACUUCGACUUCACAAACUGGCUACUAUUCAGGUAUACCAACAACUUCACCUACUUCUGCAACAACAGCAACAACAGCAACAAACAAUAGUAGUAGUAGUAGUCAGCAACAACAAACAAUCAAUCCAUAUAGUGAUAAACAAACACAGGCAAGUCUAGACAGAAGAAAGCAUCAGGAUUUCGUAUUGGAUAUGUGUCUGAAUCGACCACAUCCAGCUGUGUGUGCAAUCGUGGUGUUUGGUGAUAUACAUAUUAGAAUCUGUCAUGCGCAACACUUUCAGAAUGAUGAGUUUACCGAGCGUUUCAAAAAAGCAUACAGUGCCGCUAAAGACACGGAUACGGUCUCUCCCAAGUGCUAUAGCUGCAAGUCAUUCAUGGCUUUGAAGGCACCAACAAUCCCUGCCGCUGCAGCUGUUCUACCUGCAUCGCUACCAAUACCACCACAACUUCAACAACAGCAAUUACAACAACCACCUCAUCAACAACAACAACCACAACAAUACCCUUUACAACAACAUCAUAAUCAACAGAUACAACAACAACAUCAACAACAAUUUCUAAAUCAAUUACAACAACAAAUGAAUUCAAUGUCAAAUACUUCACCAUAUCAUAAUAAUAAUAAUAGUACAUCACCAACAGUUGGUUUACCUGCAGUACCUCUUUAUAAAUCAAAUCCAUCGGUGACACCACCUGGACACAACAUGUAUAGCUCCAACCAAAAAACAAUCUAUCAACAACAACAACAACCUCAACAACAACCUCAAUCACAUAUAACAUCAUCAUACGAUUCUUAUAUCAACGGUGAAUGUCAUAUCUCUCGACUGUUUUUAGUUUACGAUGGUGACUCUGGUCUUUAA